UCUCUGUGCCUGCACGUGGGAGCGCAGCGGGUGAGAACUCAGAAGACCAGGAUAAGGGAGCCUCGUUCACACGAGCGGUGACCGGGGUCACCAACAACGACAAGAGGCCCUUUGCGGUCAAAGAAGCGACCGUUGCGUAGCUUCAAAUCUAGAACCGCGGAGGUUCGAAUUCCAGCUUGAAAACAGGUCCCCUCGAGGUACUGCCUCAGCGCUGCUGGGGGGACGACGCCUGCUGUGACGGAUGAUCGCCGCUUGUGGGCCAACUCCGAGUGGCGGGCGUGAGAUGCUGCGACCCUACGGAUCGCGCCAUUUGAGGCCCGCGCCCGCCUCGGUCUUUCCCCCGUGACCGCUCGCUGUUCUGGCUCGGCGAGGGCCGCGCGGGCCCGCCCGCCUGCCGAGCAUUUGCCAAUGUGUAAUCCUCCGGGACGGCUAAGCCGGCUUCCUAAUCCCGCAUCACGCCACCAGACCAGCAGGGCUAGUCGCCAGCGGUUCCUUUUCUAGUCGGGGACUUGAUUAGAUAUUUAAGGUGGACUUAUGGUCGUGCCGGUCGAUUAGUACAAUGUGCACUUUGCGUUGACGCCAUGGGUGUGGGGGGGGGGUGCUGCUUCACGAAAUGUCUGACAAAUCCAUCUAAAGUGACAGAUCAAAAUAACAACAAUCCCGACUGCUCUAAGCAAGCGUGUGGCGACGCGUUGCUCGUCUCCCUCCGUUGUUCUCUGCUCGGCUCAAUCUGAGUGUCGCUAUCCAUAAAGAAAUAAAAAAUCCGCUUCUUGUUUGUUUAGCGUUUCAAAGCGGUAACUCACCGUCUUGACAUGGCCCUGUCGUGUUACCGCAAAACCUAGUCUGGCUGGAUUGGUGAAAUAUAAAUAUAAGAAGUUUUAGGUUUUAUGUGCACUUAAGGCUGCCGCAGUGCGCAUCCCAGCUCUUCGUUGCAAAAGAAGGGGCCACGCUGAGUCACCGUGCCUCAAUGCCUUCAACGCAGAAGAUCCCCUGGGGUUUGAUCUUCCACAAAGCUGCUCACGGUCCAUCCUAAACCGCAUCCGCUGCACAAACCAUGGCAGCAGUAGAUGCGGGUAGCUGAUGCUGCACAAAUGGCAAAUAAAAAAAUCUCCAGUAGCAGUGUGCGACUGUAGUCAUCCAGAACAGACCAUGCAACGUGUAACGACACAAAGGCCCCGAUCAAGAAAUACGAAGGAGACAUCGCAGCAACGAUGAUACACUGCUAUUCCUCUGCUCCUGACCAUCCGAAUGUGAAAUUGUAGCAAUCUGCAUCAGCCCCAUACGAGAAAAGAGGAAUGCCUUCAUUUUAUUUGCGGGCCACAUGGCCAGGACCCGCAAGGGGACAUUGAACGCUGACAUCUCGGUUGUUGCUUGCCAGUUGAUGGUGGUCAUGGCGACAGCGCGUGCGGUGAGAGAGCCGUGCAACCCUUCGUCACGCACGGGCAAGAAGCCGUCGGGUUCUUGACCUCUGGCACCCGAUAGAAACUGUCGCGGUUAAUCCUUUGCUCCCCGGGUGACGCGGUGCGCUCUUGGAGGAGAGCCCGAUGCCCUAUCGCGCCCCCCGUCGUCAACCCGUGAGCCGCAGCGCCUGAGUUCUCAUCCCUGGAUGACCGCGCCGGCCCGCAGGACCGCCGCGCCCGCCACCGCGGCGGCAUGGAGCUGGGCAAGGCGAAGCUGCUGCGCAGCGGCGUCAACGCCCUGCGGCGUGCCGUGCACCCCUCGCUGGGCCUCGCGUGGACCGACGGCAAGCAGCUGCUGCUGUCCGGCCUCCACGCGGGCGGAGAGGAGGAGGAGCCGGAGGAGGCGGCGGUGGUCGGGCGACUGGGCGGCGCGGCGACGCUGGGCAGCUUCGAGCACGUCUACGGCGUGAGCUGGGGCCCCGCCGACUCCGCGCUGCCCGCGCUGCUCGCCGUGCAGCACAAGAAGCACGUCACCGUCUGGCAGGUGACGCCCGCCGGAGGCAACGACGCUCGCCCAGCGUGCUCGCGGCUUUGCGAGCGCGAGGAGCCGUUCGCCAUCCUGCCGCAGGGCUGCGUGUGGCACCCACGCUCCGAGACGCUGGUGCUGCUCACCAAGCGCGAUGCCUGCCUGCUCUACUCGCUGCGCUCCGACGCCCGCUCCGUCCGCGCCGACAUCCGCGGCAGCGGCCUGGUGCGCUGCGCCGCAUGGACGACGGACGGCGCGCGCCUGGUGCUGGCCGUGGGCACGGCGCUGCACUCGUACCUGUGGGACGAGCCCAGCCGCUCGCUGCAGCCGUGCGGCUUCUCCCACGUGCUCGACGUGGGCGGCUACGUGUGUGCCGUGGAGGCCGCGUGCGACGCCCGCGUGCUCGUGGCCACCGAGCUGCCCCUGGACCGCGUCUGCGGCCUCGACGCGGCUGGCGCGCCCUUCGAGCUGCCCGGGGCGUCGUUCGACGGCGCGCCGGGCUCCUCGCCGAACACGCUGCGCCCGCGCGAGGACGCCGAGGACGGCGCCACGAGGCCCCGCGGGCGCUCGCCGGAGCCCCGCGGCGGGUUCGUGGCGGACGACGGCACGGGCCGCGGGCCCGUCGUCGACCUCACGCACCUGCUGGCCCACCACCGCAAGUCGGACCCCGGGCCGCUGAUCCGGCUCAAGCGCAGGGACCUAUCGAGCGGCAGCGGCGGCAGCGACGACGACAGCUCGCACCUCCUGCUGGUCACGCUGGACCAGAAGGCGACGACCACCAGGAAGGUGCGCCUGCCGGGGCUGCUGGUGCCGGACCUGCUGGCCUACGACGCGACCGCCGACACCGUGGCCGUCGCCUCCAACACGUCCGCCUCGGUGCUCGUGUACUCCCUGAGCGGCCGCGGGAUCUCGCCGCUGCAGCACGUCACGCUGGGGCGCGACGAGCGGCCCAAGGGGCUGUGCUUCCUGGCCCCGUCGCACUCCCUGGCGAUGCUGGUCGGCCGGCAGAAGCAGUCGGAGCCGGCGUUCCUGCCCUGCGCCAGCACGGACCGCUACGCGCUGCGGCUGGUCGUGCGCGACGUGGCGGUGGAGGGGCCCGGCCGCUUGUCCCCGCGGGCCGGCACUCGGCCGUCCGAGGGCCGCGACGCCAACCCGGGCCCCGCCGGCGGGCUGCGGGAGCUGUGGCCGCCCUGCGACGAGCCGCGCCGGCAGGCGUCCUCGCCGCGCCGGUUGACGGAGGAGCUCUCGAGGGCCUCCGCGGACGACCGGCGGCCGCGUCGCCCGAGCGGGGAGGCCGCCGGACACUUCGCUCGCGACGUCUCCCCGCCGCUCGAGAGCUUCGAGCGCGAACCGGCGGGCGGGGCCGCGAGGCCGCGGGGCAGUCCGGAGCCGCGCCGGCCCAGCGGGGGAGCUCCGCGGAGGGCGCCCAGCCCUCGCGACGCCGAGCGGGACGGCCCGGCGCGGGGGCCCGUGGGCCGAGCGGCGAGCCCCGGCCCGUGGGAUGCCGAAGGCUCGGCCGCGGGCCGCGCGCUUCGGGGGCUGUGGGAGCGGCUGGACCGCGUGCAGGCCGAGGUGGGCGAGGUGCGGCAGCUCGUGCUGGCGUUGCGGCCGGAGCAGCGAGUGCUGGCUGCGUCGGGCCCUCCGCGCUGGGUGAGAGUUCGCUGCCAGCCGCGGGGUGGCGGCAACGCGGCGCCCUUGCAGGAAGCGGAGACGCGGAACUUCCUGCUGAGCAGCGGGGGCCUCGUGCGGCUCGACGCCCUCCGGAGCGCCUUCCAGCUGUCCGCCGUCGAGAUGCUCUUCGAGCACGCGGCUCACAGGCGGAAGGUCGAUAAAAAGAACACCACUUUCUGGGGAAUUCAAAAGUGA